GUUGGCAGAGGGAGAGCAGAUCCUGACCGGAGGGGUCCUGAACAAACAGAAGAGCCAAGACGACAUCAUUACUGAGUUUGGAGACUCGGCCUGCUUCACUCUGGCUCUGCUGGGGCAAAUCUACUGCAAAACAGAUCGGAUAGCAAAAGGAGCUGAAUGUUACCAAAAAAGCAUGAGCGAGAACCCUUUCUUAUGGUCUCCAUUUGAGUCUCUUUGUCAAAUCGGAGAGCGACCGGAUCCAGAGCAGAUCUUUAGAUUGACCUCCUUGCAGAAUUUCAGUGGAGGAGUCGUACCCCCUCCUCCCAUCAGCCCUGCACACACACCUAGUAACAACAUGGGACACCGGCAAGUCGACACCGUCCUAAUGGAGACCCCACAGGACACUUUGGAGCUAAACCGGCUCAAUCUAGAAUCUUCUAACUCAAAGUACUCCCUGAAUACGGACUCCUCUGUGUCCUACAUCGACUCCUCCGUCAUCUCGCCAGACUCUGUGCCACUGGGCACCGGUGGCUCACUAUUAUCCAAACAAGUGCAAAACAAACCCAAGAGUGGCCGAUGUCUGCUGGGGGGCACGGCCACACUUAGCCCCCUCACACCGAGUUUUGGAAUUUUGCCUCUGGAGCCGAGCCCGGGAGACCCAACAUACCUGCAAAAUUACAGUCACAAUGGAAGUGGGAUGGAACCUCCUCCUCCGCCUGGCCCUCCGAAGAAGGCCGUCAGUAGAAUCAGCCAAGUGGGGACGAAGUCAGUGUUUGCACAGAGUGGAAACAGCAGAGAGGUCAUUCCAAACCCUUUCAACCAAACUCAGACCACUGCCCCACAGACCAGUACUACACCGCAAGUGCUGAGCCCAACCAUUGCUGCUCCCCCAAAUGUGCAGCCACGGCGGAGCUCAAGACUCUUCACCAGUGCCAGCUCCACUGCCAAG